AUGCUGCUACAAACCUUUGUGGACUAUGCGUUACAUUGGUGGGAGUCUGAAUGUGCAAUCAGAGGUGAUGAGGAUAUUACUGCCAUGACUUUGGAGCAAAUGAAAAAGACGAUGAUGGACAAGUACUGCUCGCAAACGGAGGUGAACAAACUAGAAUCUGAAUUUCUGAGAUUAAAGCAAGGAUCGUUGUCAGUUCAAGAAUAUGUUAAUGAUUUUCUUGAAAAAGCAAGAUUCGCCAGUUACCAGGUGGCUAUUGAGGAGAGGAAGAUAGGUCGUUUCAAGGACGACUUAAGAAUAGAAAUCAAACGGUACGUAGACAUGACCAAGCCGACCACGUUUGUCCAAGCAGUAGAGAUGGCAAAGGUAGCAGAAGAAAACAACGUUAGGAAGAAUUAUGAUAGAAGGGAUGCAAAGAGAAAAUGGGAAGGGUCGAACAGGCCCGACAAGAAACCGAAAUGGACUCCGACCACGGCAAAAACACGAAGCGAGGAACUCACUAUUCCCCGAUGUAACAAAUGCAACAAGAGACAUAGGGGAGAGUGCAGAGCGGGGAGCCUGACGUGCUACAAAUGUGACAAGCCUGGGCACACCGCGCGAGAGUGCCCAGAAGGAAAAACUUGUUAUAAAUGUGGGGCUACAGGACAUAUACGACCUGACUGCCCAAAACGUCGGAAUAGUGUGACACCCCACGAGAAGACGGCAAAUAACAGAUUUGGAAGGAGACCGGAGAAUACGAAGGAGCUACCUAAGGGACGCGGCCGAGCUUACAGCAUGACCUUGGAUGAGGCCAAGGAAACGCCCGACGUCGUAUCCGGUAUGUUCCCUAUCAACAAUGUAUAUGCACAUGUAUUAUUUGAUUCGGGUACAAAUGGUAGUUUUGCGUCUAGCACUUUCUGCCACUAUCUUAAUAGCAGUGCCCGUAGGCUAGACAAAACCUACACUGUAGAAACAGCCGACGGUAGUCAGCGUAAGGUAGAAGAAGUAUUCGAUGAAUGCACAAUUGUUGUAGAUGGGAAGGAAUUCCCCAUUAGGCUUAUGCCGAUGUGUUUAGGAGGUUUUGACGUAGUCUUGGGGAUGGAUUGGCUAUCCAACAAUCAUGCGCAAAUAGUGUGUAAUAAGAAUAUGAUCAAGAUUCAGACUCCAGAAGGAGAAACAAUUCAUGUUUACGGUGAUCGAAAGAAGUGUUGCGUAGGGUUGAUCAAUGCAAUUAAG